GUGGGGGGCUGGUUGGCUGCUGGAGCGGCGGGGCUUGGCGCGGGAGCCGAGGCAGGCGCGGUGUGGAGCCGCUUAGAAGAGAAUAUUCCACUGAAAUGUAAUCAAGGUCUAAUUAUCAAGUCCUGUCAGAGGAAGCGGCUCCCACAGCAAAUGGAGAGAGCGUGUCUUAGGCGCGGAUGGUAGCGCCUGCCACCGCUGCAUCCAGAUUUAAGGAUGAAGCCUCUGUCGGCGCACGGCCUCCGAGCGGCCCAUUUUCAGACUUCUUUUAGUCAUGUGGGAUGUGUAACUGCCAUGUGUGAGGUGGCAUGAGCUCUCAUUUCAUGGGAGAUACGGACUCAUGGUCAUGGCUUACAUAAAUAUAAGCACGAGGAAGCACAUAGGCCUUCAGCAGCUGUCCUCACUGACAGAAACCGGACGAGGUUUCCUAGGCCCGGUGAAGUCGUCCAAGUUCAUUGUAGGCGAGGGAUCUCGUGAAAGUGUGUUAGCCGGUUCCACCGUGAGGCUUCUUGAGAGCCUGGAUUUAACUAGUUCAGUCGGGCAGCUUCUUCAUGAGGCAGUGCAGUCGCAGAAGACCUCGUACGGGACAGGCACCAACACCCUGCUGUCUCUUGCUGGCGCAUGGAGCGCGGCUGCCCUACGAUGUCUUCAGCAGGACAUCCCUAUUUCAGUCAUCGUGUCAGUGAUGUCAGAAGGCCUGAAGUCUUGUGGGGAAGAAGUCGUUGCUCUUCAGAUCCCUCUACAUGAUGUGCUGGGCAGCGCGGGAGACGCGAGGAGUUACCCUUGGCUUGGAACGCUGAGUGUCAUUCCCAGCCCGCUUGUGCAGAUCCCAGCAGAGAUUCCUUGGAUCCGAAGACGGCGGGAUGGAAACGACGUGUCUUCUCCACUAUCCCCUCCUGCGUUUUCUUCCGGGCACUCCUCGGAAUUCUCUUCUAGAUUUUCCUCCUUCAGUUCUCAGUCAGUAGCUAAAGGGAAUAAAACUGCGCCUCAGCCUCUCCAAACCAAUCCGAUUCCAAAUAGCCACAGCAGAAAAUCAAGACUAAGCCACAGCAGGCAUUUUAACAGGGCAGAAAGUGGCUCUUACCGGACAAGCGACGAAGGGCAGCUCGACGCUUGUGUUCAUCCAUGCAAUGACUUGGUGCGGCUGGCCGUGGGUCUGAGUCACGGAGAUCAUAGCAGCAUGGCAUUGGUGGAAGCAGCCGUCAGAUGCCAGUAUCAGAAUGCGCAUCUGAGGAGGAAUUGUACAGUGCCAUUUAGGUUUGAUGUUUCAAAAAUUUCCACUUGCUGUUUACCAGGUGUACCUGAAAGCUUUUCUUGCAUCCUCCCUGGAUAUAUCACUCUAGUGUCAAUGGACCACGUCACUGUCAUCAGAGAACUCCAGAAUCGGCCUUUGCGGGUGGCUCUCAUUGAUGGUGACUUCAGUGAGAAUUACCGCCACUUGGGAUUUAAUGGACUGGGAAAUGUUAAAACUCAAUUGGAAAGUCUGACAUAUCCAGACAAGAUGUGGUUGGACCGUAUUUUGGAGAUACUAAUUCGGUUAAAUGUAAACCUGGUCCUGGUGCGAGGAAGUGUGUCUGAAGGUGUACUGGAAAGGUGUAUGCAUAAUAACUUGCUGAUCAUUGGGCCAGUAAGUCACCAUGUGCUGCAGGACUUUGCCGAGGUCACUGGAGCAGCGCAGGUGACCUAUGCUACACAGCUGAAUGAAGAGUGUGUGGGGAGUGACGUCUAUGUGAGCCUGUGGAGAGCAGGCCAACUGAACGCCAACGAAGUGAACAACAAGGUGGCUGUCUUAGUCAAAGCUGAAGGAGUCCUUCUGGCCACAGCUGUGCUCGCGAGCCCGGUCGCUGCACAGAUGCAAGCCAAGGAAGAUCGUUUCUGGACCUGUGCCUAUCGCAUGUAUCACGCUGUAGUCGAUGAGAAGGUCUUCCUGGGAGGUGGCGCAGUUGAAGUCUUAUGCCUUACCCAUCUUCAGAUGUUGGUAGAACAGUCACAGAAAAAGAUGGACCAGGAUUGUUCAGCACGGCUUCAUAUGACUUCCUCCUGGAUGGCUUCAUCUCAGGCACUGUAUAGACCAGCUGUGCUCCAAGCCUUGGCCGAUGGAUGGCACAGGUACCUUUCGUCAGUCGUGUAUAACACAGGUACUUGCUCUUCAGAGACGGAAGCCAGCACGUUCAUUCAAAACUUUCUCCAAAAAACUACAAGCUCUGGUUGUCCCUUAUUAUACCUUCUGAAAGAAUAUAAUAAAGUGAGUAGUGAGAUUUUAAAUUCUGGUAUUCCUAGUGCACUAAAAGAAGCUUCAAGGGUUUAUGAUGUUGUCACACCCAAGAGGGAAGCAUGGCGCAGAGCACUGGACUUGGUAUUGUUAGUGCUUCAGACAGAUGCUGAGAUUAUUACUGGGGCUGAGUAUACACAGUUAAACUCACAGAAUUUCAAUGAAUUGUUGUUACUGUAGUUCUGUUUUACUAUAAUGCCAUGGGAAAAUAAUCAUAACCUUUGAAGAAAAUCUAGGAUUCUUGAAUAAGUAAAUAAUAGCUACUGUACCAUUUUCUGUCAAAUGCAGAGCUAAUAAGUACCAAGAAGAAAAAAAUUAAGUGCCUUUCUCUCCCUAACAAUAAACUAGAAACCUUAGAUACAUUUGCUCCCUAAUCUUCAAAAGAACACUGUUAGAACUUAGCUAGAUAAGUUCUGGACCCGAAUGAUGCUAGCAUGUUUUGUUAAAGAAUUUUUUGGAUUACAAAAGCAACCUUCCUUCUCCUACCCCAGGAGUGGGGAAUGGAACAAAAAAGAAAUUUUUUUUCCAGAUGAGAGGCUAAAGUUAAUGUUCUGGAACAAUGAAAAUAAUUUGGUUUUCAAUUUUUCAUUUUAUUUGGAGAAAGAGAAAAGAAUGUAUAAGGUUCAGUGUGACGAAUGAAAAUGAUUUGCCUCAUUUAGUGAUGGAUUUAAAUCUAUAUUAUCUGAAAACCUGACCCAGUUCACUACCUGAGCUUCAUUUCUGUUUUCUUUAUACAGGGCCUACGUGGCAGGGAUAUUAAGGAUUAAGGUGCUCUUUGGAAGAAUGUCUGCACUUUAGCUGGGGUAAAAUCACGGGUUUUUCCCCUUUCUGUACACUCAAACUUUGCUUUUUUGGUUAAAAUAUUCUCAAGAUUACAUUAUCUCUAGUAUUAAAAUAUGCCUUACCUUCUUCUACAUAAUAUAUUCAUGUAAGUUGAGUUUUCAAAAUUGGAUCAUUAUAUGUAAUAAGAGAGCUAUUACUAUGUAAAAAAAAAAUCCACUUGGUGAAUAUUUGCAUGGGAAAAUCCCAAAUUUCAGAUUUUGUAAAUGUUUGUAUUUGUAUAUUGGUUUUAUAUAUCAAAUUAUCCGUGUAGCACUCAGACAUUUUCUAAAUCUUAAAGUUAUUGAGCUAAAUUUGCUUUUAAAACGUGUGUAACCACAAUAAAUUUGGUCUUUAUUAUUUAGAUACUAAUCGUUGGUAAGACAAGGAAGAUGAUCUCAAGCCCCUCUCCUUCUUGUCUACAUAGUGAAGGCAGAGCACAUGUGUAGGACCCUGUAAGCUUAGGCUAUGCAAGCACGCAGAAUGCAGCUUAUUCAGUAAGCUCCAUAAGCCAGUCAGUCCAUACUUCCUGUCAUCCCAGAGCAGAGAAAACCAGCUUUGUAAGAUAUAUCCUAGGUGUUACUGGUCAUUCCAGUCCCAAGAAUUACCCCAGAAUUAGCCUUUCCAACAAGAUAGGAGACUGCCCUUUCAGUAAACCAUAAAUUGGGUUCCAAUUAUUAUGCCCCAUUAAUAGAACUUGUUUUUACACUAAUAUCUAAGCCUCUAUCCCUCUUUCAACUAAAGGGUAAAACCCAAAGUUUUGACAUUUUGAGUGGAAACCUGGGGAUGGAUAGCGAAAUGUAUUCUCCAAAAGCUGUGAGAAAUGAUUAUUAAUAACCAUUAAUCUCAGGGGAGGUUCAGAGCUCUCCCCUUCUUCUAAAGUCCAGACUUGAAGUUCAGUUCUUAAGGACAUUACUGGUGAUGAGAGUAGUCUCACUUUCUUGUUCAAGGCCCUACCCUGGUGGAAGCUAUUGUGUUCUGCUCUGGCUUCCGUGGGGUAAUUCUUUGAAUUGAUACCCUAAAGCUAUGGGUGGUCUGGUUUAAAGAUACUUUCCCUGUCCAAGAGAUACUCACCCUUUCCUUUUAAUUUAGCCCACCUCCAAUCCAGUUAGCCAAUUAGAUUUGAUUGCUGUUUGAUGGAUCAUCUACUGUUCUGAAGGGUAUAUAAACUGUGAGUCCAGCCGCCAUGAUUGUCUCUGGUCUUAAGAGAGACGUCAAAUGACAAUCCUUUUAUUAGUAACUUGUUGGCUUUAUUAAUAAGAUGAUUAAAUUACCCCAAAACUAUGUCUCUUGAACCUUUUUAAACGUCACACAGGUGAUCUGGGAAUGCUCCAGAAGUAGGCAAAAUAAGGCUGUCAGUGCCUUAGGAAAAGACGGUCUGCGCUUCCCUCAUCCUGGAGGAAGAGGAGAAGGAAAGUCUCACUAGGAUGAGCAAGAAGUGAGCAAGCAGACUGACGUUUAAAUUGAGUAACUCCGUGGCAGGACCACAGUUUGGGAUAUGAGUCAAGAGGGGGCCUAUGAAGACUGAGGAACUAGGUGGGAUUUUUUAAAAUUUAUUUUUGUUUUGUUGUGCUGUUGAGUUGGCUGAUAUGACUCCCCUGCCAGACCUCUGUGGGCUUCUGCUGGCUCUGCCUUCAGAGGCCAGAUGGGAUGGUGGAAGGGGUGAGCAAACCAGUCAAAUCUAGCCUCCCAUCUGUUUUUGUAAAGGAGAGCUAAGAAGGGUUUUUACAUUUAUUUUAAAAUGUAAAAACCUUUCUUAGCUCAUUGAGCAGUUUGACCCUCAGGCCACCGUUUGUUGACCCUUUGUUCUAAGGCACCCAGGAGGGGAUAUCAGACAGUGAAGUACUUGUCCUUUCCCCCCAUGUGUGUCCAGGAGGGAAGAUGUCAAUUCCAAAGUUUUCUUUUUCUUUAAAGUUUGUUGCCCCUUUCCGUUUAAUCCACAUUAAUGUUGGCAAGACAUGAAUAUAUCAUCCUGUUUCUGUGCACUUCACUGUUAUUAAGGAGAAGCCUUUCUGUGUAUUGUCAUCCAGCAACACAGAAGGAAGUGAAGUGGGACAGAAAGUAGAGGCUGUACAAUUCUUGGGGAUUCUGUCUCCACUGGGGGUUCCUGAGUUAUAUGAAAAAGAGUUUUAUUGGGGCAGCUAAGUGGCGCAGUGGAUAGAGCACUGGCCCUGGAUUCAGAAGGACCUGAGUUCA